AUGAAGAUUUAUACAAACGAAAAUAAUACCUCGACGUUAAAAUUACUAAUUGCGGGUAACCUUGCGGGGGCGAGGUUGGAAUUGCAAAAAGCUACUCUCGAAGACAAAUUUCCAGGUCCUAAAUGCCUGCCAUUGCUUGAAGUCGAUGAAGAAUUAACAUUCUUUUCAAGUAAUGCUGCGACACAAUAUUUGUUCCCUGUACUGGAUCUCUCGCAGAAUGGAAAGUGCCAACAAAUGCAAGAAUGGGAGGCGACAUGCCUGCAGCCAGCUGUAACAACAGUUCUAUCGGGUAAAACUGCGUCAGAUGUCAAGCAAGUGCUACAAUCUCUGCUGCUUAUGGUAGACGGUCUGUUGAAGAAACAUAAAUAUAUUAUUGGGGAUAAAUUGUCAGCAGCAGAUAUAUCGAUAUGGAGUACCUUAUAUCCUCUAAUUUACAAUUCAGAUACAAAACAGGCAUAUUUAUCCGAAUGCCCAAACAUUCUUAGAUGGGCAGAAGAGUUGAAUACAGCUAAAGCUUUCCAGGAGGCGGUGAAGCAAUGGGGUGGAAAUGUUUCUGGACCAUUUAGUUCCAACUCAGCUUUGGGUAUUCCACAGAUAACUAACCUGCCCACUCCAGUCGGAUCCCCAGAUGAUGUACCAGUGGGAGUGACACAGGAAGAAGCCGACCUUGCGAAAGAGAAUUGGUUGAAUGGUUUGGACAAGUUACAACCACCAUUGAAGCAAGAGAAACUAGUAUUGCCAGUUAAGGGAAGAAGGAAUGUACUUAUCACCUCUGCGUUGCCAUAUGUGAAUAAUAUUCCGCAUUUAGGAAACAUCAUCGGUUGCGUGCUAUCCGCGGAUAUAUUCGCGAGGUAUUGUCGGUUGUGCGAUUACAACACCCUGUAUAUAAGCGGGACGGACGAGUAUGGGACUGCAACGGAAACCAAAGCACUCGAAGAAGGCCUCACUCCGCGUCAGAUUUGCGAUAAGUAUUAUGAGAUCCACAAUUCCGUGUAUCGCUGGUUCAACAUUGGUUUCGACUACUUCGGUCGGACUAGUACGCCGGAGCAAACUGAGAUAGUACAAAACCUGUUCAUGAAACUACUAGACAACGGAUUCAUGAGCACGCAAUCCGUGGAACAGCUCUUCUGUGAGAAAUGCGAGAGGUUCCUCGCUGACAGGUUCGUAGAAGGCACAUGCCCGCACCCCGGCUGCGCGUACGACGGUGCACGCGGCGACCAGUGCGACAAGUGCGGCAAAUUGAUCAACGCCGUGGAACUCAUCGAGCCGAGGUGCAAAGUGUGCUCGCAUCGGCCGACGGUCAGGCCAAGUGAGCAGCUGUUCAUUGAGUUGGGACAGUUGGAACCAUCAAUUCGGACGUGGUUGGCAUCUGUAGAAGGGGGGUGGUCUGGCCCAGCGAGGGCUGUGUCUCGUGCCUGGUUGAGAGAUGGUUUACGGCCUCGAGCUGUCACCAGAGACCUAAAAUGGGGGGUGCCUGUGCCCAUGGACAAGUAUAGACAUAAGGUAUUCUAUGUAUGGUUCGACGCCCCAGUUGGCUACGCGAGUAUUACACAAUGCGCCACAAAACACUAUGAGAAAUGGUGGAAACCGGACAAGGAAUAUGAUGUCAAGCUUUAUCAGUUCAUGGCAAAGGACAACGUUCCAUUCCACGCUAUAAUGUUCCCGGCCAGUGCUAUCGGCGCUAACCAGGGGCAUAAGUUGGUUGAUUACAUUUUUGCAACUGAGUAUUUGAACUAUGAAGAAGGCAAGUUCUCUAAGUCUCGUGGCGUUGGUGUGUUCGGUACGGAUGCUCAGGAAACCGGUAUACCAUCAGAUGUGUGGCGUUUCUACUUGGCCAGUAUACGUCCGGAGACAUCGGAUUCUAGUUUCAACUGGACAGAAUUGUGUACAAGGAAUAACUCGGAGUUGUUGAACAAUCUGGGCAACUUCUGCCAUCGUUCCCUCAGCUUCUGCGCGAACACCUUCAAAGGGUUGAUCCCGGAAAUGCAACUCACCAAGACUGAUUAUGAAUUAUUCGCUCUCGUUAACAGGGAGGUUGUUGGUAAGAUUCGAGGCGCCACAGCAAUCGGCGUGUGUUGCCAGCUUGUAGCAUUAUUGUGCACUCUAAUAGCACCGUACAUGCCCGAUACGAGUCGGAAAUUGCGCGCGCAGCUCAACCUCGGUGAUACCAGUUUUAGGAUUAAUUCCAGUAACCCAUCGUUAAUUCAAUACAUACCGAUUGGGCAUAAAAUCGGAAAACCGGAACCGCUCUUCACCAAGAUCGAACAAGAGUUGGUUGAUCAAAUGAGAACGAAAUACGCUGGCACUCAGGCAGAUAGAGCUAAGCAAAAUGGUGAAGUUAAAGGGGACAAAUCAUCAAAUGUCGCAGAACUAGAACAGGCUAUUGCCAAACAGGGUGAAAAAGUAAGACAACUGAAAGCGGCGACAAAAGAUAAGUCGGUAUGGCAACCCGAAGUCAACAUAUUACUUGAUCUCAAGAAACAAUUGACAAUCGCACAGUCUCAACCGAAACCCACUCAUACCCAUGAUAGUGAUGUUGCCAGUCUUGAAAAAGCUGUCGCAUUACAGGGAGAUAAAGUACGCCAGCUAAAAUCUUCAACAAAAGACAAGUCAGUAUGGCAACCGGAAGUUGAGAAGUUGCUAGAUCUCAAAAAGAAGUUGGCCGCUGCGCAGUCUAAUACGCAGGCAACACCUGUAGCUAAUAGCACUGAGAGUAUUGCUGAUUUGGAAAAAGCGAUUGCUGAACAGGGCGAUAAAGUGCGAAAAUUAAAAGGAUCAACAAAGGACAAGAGUGUUUGGACACCGGAAGUCAAUAUUUUGUUAGAUCUCAAAAAGCGUCUAGCUGCAGCGCAGAUAAAGUAA